AUGUGGAUGGCAAGCGUAACAGCGAUUGCUCUUGCUGUAGAAUUAACGCAAAUGAUCGCUUCUGUUAAAGCUGACGUUCAUCGGCGCUUUGAUGGCACGCAGAACUUUAUCCGCCUUUGGGAUGACUAUCGCAAAGGCUUCAGAGACCUCCAAGGCGAGUACUGGCUGGGUCUGGUGCACCGCAUGCACCUGAUCACGGAUGCGGGAAAUUAUGAGCUAAAGAUAGUUAUGAAGGGUUAUGAUGAGGAAGAGAUGUGGGUCCAAUACAGUGAGUUCAAUGUAGCGGGCGAAUCCGAAAACUACAAAUUGACAGUGGGGCCCCUUAGCAGUGGAAAUACGGAAGACUAUUUGAAGAAACAUAAUGGGAUGAGCUUUUCAACUCUCGAUCGAGAUAAUGAUUUAUGGAGCGGCAAUUGUGCAGAAUUGUACGAGAGUGGGUGGUGUUUUAACAACUGUCAUGAAACGAAUCUCAACGGAGUCUACCAAAAUAAUACAGAUUAUGAUAAAUUUAUGUGGGGCUGA